CAGGGACCUGGGGAACAUCUCCAGCGGGUUCUCGCAUGGACCUCGCUUAUCUGCGCUACUUGGGCAUUUGCGCAGAUGAGCCGCUGGCAGAUGCCGAAGAAUUAGCUUCGCCGGACUCGCUGGCAUCGGAUGAGGUGCUCUUCGAAUCCGGCAACCUGCGAGUGCCGGAGAGGCUCUCCAAUGCCUUCUUCGAGGUGUCCUUCGCUUUGUGCUCGGUUGCGCCGCCCUGCUUUGACACCACUGUGGAGCCUGUCCUCCAGGGCGAAUGGCGCUUUCAGAUCUUGGGCCUCGACGUCCAGGCGGUGUCGGAUGUGCUCUCUGCCAUGGAAGUGCUGAAGGACUUGUCAAGGCGCGACUUCCUGGCGGGAGCUGCUCUUCCUGCCAUGUUCCGCGCCGUUCCCCCCGCUGCGGUGCUGUGCCGCAUCUUCGCGUUGGCGCAGGUUCACGGAUUCAACCUGGUCUUGCCGGGCCACGAGAGCUCGCAGGAGUUUGUGUGCUGCUACUUCGACGCCAUGUGCCUUGAGCUGGGGCUGAGACCCCAUCACUUCGCUGAGCUUUACGCCAUGUCGGAGGUGUUGCCCGGAGUCUUCAGCCUUCACACGGAGUCCCGGCUAGUCCUCGGCAGCUCCUUCCUGCGCUUUCAGGAGCAUUACGAGUGUUCCAACCCCCAGUUCCGCCACUGCAGUUUCCAGCUGGACGACUACAAGGUGUGGUUUCGCAAUAAGAGCCUCCUGGGCUUCAACUUCUACCUCCAGUGGCCGGGCUUCAAUGUACCUUCCUGGGUGCUGGACGCCAUGCGCAGCGGCAAGGUCGGCUUUCCUUUGCGGCCACAAGAGGAGGCCGUGCUGAGCACAGUGCCUCCAACUGCCCAGUACCUCAUUGGAAGCUGCGAGAAGGACCUCGAGGUGUUGCAUCACGAGAUGGCCCAUGGCCUCUACGCCACCAAUGAGACGUACCGUACCGCAGUGUUGCAGCAGCUGCGGCGGCUGCCUCCCAAGCGCACCGAGGCCUCCAAGCGACAGCUCUUAAAAAUGGGCUAUGUAGAUGACAUUCAGAUCUUGGAAGAUGAGAUGCAGGCCUACAUGGUGGAAGGCAAAAUGCUGUACGAGGAGGAUGAGUUGGAGUGUAGCACAGCGGUGGAAGUGAUGGCCGCGAUCCAUGCGACCUUUCGGUUGUUUAGCAAGGCUGCCGCUUGCCCCUCGUGGUGACGUGCACAGUGAUGGCAGCCUUGGCCCUGGCCACUAGGGUGGAAAACCGACUGGACUGCACGGAAGUGAGCUCACCCUGGCUUUGUUGGGGGCAUUUCCCGUUGUGCUUGGUCCCAGGAUGGUAUCUCCCGAUUUCAAAGGCAGGUUUGGCAAG